AUGACGAACCAGAGCCUGGCAGGUCAUAUCACCAAGUUCCGGGUGUCCCAAACCCCACGGAUCAAGCGGAACAGACCUGCCGUUUCUUGCUCAACGUGUCGUGCGCGCAAGCAGAAAUGCGACAGACAGCAACCAUGCGGCCCAUGUCAGAAGCGUGGAGUCGAGGACUCAUGUCACCUAGACUCAACUCCGCGACCACCGCCUCCUUCGCUGGCCAAUCGUGGUAAUACCAGAGUCCAGAAUGAGCUUAGGCAGAUGCAGAGCCUUCUCCAGAGUCUCCUCAGCCAGCCUAACCAGGACCAAGCGGCCACAUCCUGUGAUACACUAGCCGCGGGUGUGGAUCGCAUUCGGCAGGCCAUCAGUGGCAAUACUUCUAGCGCUCUGACGGCUCCGCAAGUGGACCAACCUCCAGAUAUCGUAUUUGGAUCUCUCGCCAAAGCUACCUCAGAAGAUGUUCUAGCGGCUUUGCCAUCCCGCCAGUGCUCUGAUAAGAUAGUGUCAACAUACCUCAACGCAAGACACAUUGCUGUACCGUUCAUUCAUAUUCACCAAUUCCGCAGACGGUACGAAGCCUUUUGGAAUAACCCUGAAUCUGCGAACCUUCUGUGGGCAAGCAUCCUCUUCUCAGUCCUCGCCGUUGGUACCAUCAUACCGGAUGACAAGGAAGGCCGCUGCCAGUCUUCCGCAUUUAUUUCCAUGUCAGCCCGAUGUCUUGUAUCCGGGCAGUACAGCACCGCAACUGAAUUCUCAGUUGAAGCCUUGGCUAUGCACCUUCAUGCACGAUGUUUCCAUCAGGAGGACAGCAACAUCAAUCUCUCCCAGCUCCAUGCGCUGGCUGUUCGUAUCGCCCAACAGCGGGGCUAUCAUCUGGCUGGAGACGACUUCUUACAGGCUCUGACGCCUUUCCAAGUUGAAAUGAGACGGCGCGUUUGGUAUUAUCUCCAAUACUACGACGUCUUGCUCUCUCUUGAGCAUGGACUCCCGCCUGUGAUACACGAAGAUACGUACUCUAUCGGUCAUCCAACAAAUGUAACAGAUGAUGAGUUUGAUGAGGAAUCAAAAAUCAUUUUCUCUAGUCCGACGACAGAGGCCUAUGCUGCGCUCCCUUGCGUAUACAUGUCACAACUGUUACCAAUUUUGAGACGCAUUGUUUGUCACGCCCUUGGUUUCAAGACCUACAACUACAAGGACGCCCUUUUCCUCAGGUCGCAGCUCGAGACAUGGUACAGAUCGAUUCCACGCUGUCUCUGCGUGCAUUCUGUCAAGAAUACUUGCUUGACAAACACUGCCUCUGCGGCUUUGCACCGUGUCCUAUUUCAGCUCAUCUACAACACAGGAAUCGCGCUAAUAUAUCGUCCCUUCCUCAAUAUCAUGAGCCUUGAGAACAAAAAUUUCAAAACUGCGCUCGACUUGUCUCGCAAGAAUGCACUAAGAUCUAUUGAAGUGUAUAUAGAGGUUGGCCAGGAGAUGCAGAGUGGGGGAGGACUCUACCACAACCCCCAAGUCAAGGCUAACUUACCCGUCAAUGAUUUCUUUAUAACAAUGAUAAUGGCACCGCUUGAGUUUUUCGGUUGCCCCGACUUGCCGCAAAGCCAAAAGGGCUACAUUAUUCAUACUCUCGAAACUGCAGCACAGUUGUGGCCCACGAGAUCUUGUGUCUCUUCAUACGCCCUUGAAAGCUCCCGAUUGCUUCAGGUCAUCCUGGCAGACAUCUAUUCGUCGACAUCGAUUGAGCGUCCUAUGUACCCUCUCUAUUCCAAACCAGGAAAAUGUCCUCUUGCAAUGCUUUGGAACCUAUGGUUCAAGAAAUGGGGAUGGCUCGGCGAACUUGUUGACUGA